AGCAAUCGCAACAUGAUUAUGCUCAGUUACCAAACGCUUUGGCUCAGCUUCGCAGCAACUGUUAUGGCCGAACGUCUGUUUAUGACUGAAAAACCCACUUUUUUUAAACACUGCACCGCGGAUAUGCCAGACUACGAGGAGUGUUAUAAGAGUAAUCUGCAAUCUAUGUUGAUUGAGUACAAAAAUGGCAUACCCGGACUGGCGACAGGCGAUAAAUUUGAGCCUUUGCACAUACGUCGCAUACGCAUUGCACAGGACGAGCUGAGUAUACGACUGAAGAAUGUAACUGUGCAUGGCAUCAGCGGGGCAAAUAUAACAAAAAUACGCCAUGAUCCCAACGACUACACUUUCCGUGCACAAAUAUUCCUGCCUGCGCUGCGCCUCACCGCUGACUUUCGCGCCAACGGUCGUUUACUCUUUCUACCCAUUAACAACAGUGGCAAAUUAAUGCUCGAAGCAAGGUCGGUCAAAUUGGCAUUCCUCUUCACGUUACGCCUACAGGAUGAGGGCAAUCAGACGUUCGCCGACCCGCGCGCUGUUCAUAGUAAAAUUAUUGAAAUUGGCGAUUUUCAUUUGAGGCUGAGGCAGUUCUUGGCCGGUAGUGCGGAGCUGGAAGACACAAUUAAUGAGCUGUUAAAUGAGUUGUGGCGCGAUGUGAUCGAAGUGUUACGGCCAACACUGGAGAAUGCCAUAAAUACUGUGACGUUGGCGCGUUUGAAGAGCGUAUUGAAUUUUAUACCAGCAAAUUAUUUUAUAUCCGAUAUACCGUCGGCGGCGAAAUUGUAUGCUGAGGAUGUUGUGGAAGUGCCUUGAGUAAAUUUCGUGCUAAUAAUUUACUCGUAAAUAAGAUAAAA